AUGGCCGGGACGAGCGCGACCACCCCUUCAGGUCAAGGUCAAGCUCAACCCGGACCUGCCACAGCAGCAACAGCAACCACGACAGGAGCACCAGCAUCGAGUUCUCAACCCGAACGCAAAUUCCAACCGCCCAUGCCUCCACCCCAUCUGCUCGCUUCUCUCGUACCCGAAUCGAAAAUGUUCAAGGACCUGAUCGAGAUGGAACAGAGGUUAGACUGGACGAUGCUCAGGAAACGAGCCGAGGUCAAUGAUGCGCUGGGAAGGGUCGUCAAGAUCAAGAGGACGCUACGAGUCUAUCUAUCCAACACGGCGCGAAAUCAGGAAUGGCAGCGAGGUGAGCUUCGGGUGCCUCGGGGCUUGCUCUUCGGAUCGCCGUGCUCUAGCUCUGGCUCUAGCUACCCGGAAGGCGGGCUUUCGGAGCCGAAUUUCCAAACGGGGGAAGGGAUCCCAGGGUGGACGUUCAAGAUCGAAGGUCGGGUACUGGAUACGAACAAUCAACGGAUAGACAAGCAGGUCAAGCGGAGGUUUACCAACUUGAUCAGGUCGAUGAUCGUAGAAUUUGGCAAUCGGGAUCCACAGGAUUAUCAGGAGCCCAAUAUCGUCGAGUUCCACAACCGACAAAGCCAACCUUUACCCGGUCAAGACGGAUUCGAGAUCAAACGGCGGGGCGACCAACCCGUCGAAGUCCGCGUGAUCCUCCAUCUGGAUCAAUACCCCGACCGCUUCAAGGUCCUCUCCCCGCUCUCCGAGCUCAUCGGCAUGGUCGAAGGAUCCCGAGCCGAGAUCCUGUCCAACGUGUGGAAGCUGGUCAAGACCGUGGGCGCACAGGAUCGGGACGACGCGACCAAGCUGUUGGCGGUGGGGGGGUUGGAAAAGUUGAUGGGCAAGGAACAGUCGUUGCCGUUUGUCGUACUGCCAGACCUCGUCAAUCGACACUUGACGCAUCCGGAUCCGGUCGUCUUGACGUACCAGCUGGCGGUCGACAAGGAUCGCAACGUCCAUCCGACGGUGUUCGACAUUCCUAUCGAGAUCGAGGAUCCGCACAAGUCCAAGAUGCACACCGCCGUCCAGUCGCUGGAAUCCGGUCCGACGCUCGAGGGGAUCAUGGCCGCCGAAGACGAGGUCGCCGCGCUCGCCCACCAGAUCCGAACGGGUAGGGAGAAACGAGAUUUCCUGACCGGGUUCGCUCAAGACCCUGCGGGGUUCAUCAACCGGUGGAUGGCGAGUCAGGCUAGGGAUUUGGAUAUCGUGCUCGGGAACGAGAUCGGUCUGCCGGGGACCAACGGCGGGAUGGUCAGGGAAGAAGAUCUCAGGCGGAGCGAUCUGUUCAGGAUGCCUUGGGUGAGUCGUCGGCUAGGAACUCGGACUUGCCGGGGCCGAGUCAUCAACUGA